GCUAAACUCUGCAGAAAUACGCACGGAGCUUGGUAGAAGAGUCGGGUCACUUUAAAAAAGUGAGCUGCAGAGCCUCACCUGAGCCUCACCUGAGCCUCAGUCCGGCUCAGGUGAGGCUCAGGUGACGGGGGCCGACGGGGGUCUGUAUGGAGGGUCAUUAGUGCCAAACAAGUUAGAAGGAGCUGGAGCAAGUGCAGUCCUGAGAAUCACACCUGCAGACACUGUAUGUGUGUGCGCACAGGUGUGAUCUUGGUGUGACGGUGGAUCACAGGACCGCUUUAAAUAUUCGGAUAGCUCGCAAACUUUUCACGUGUCAUGCAGCUGAGACACGGAACCAGCAGAGGGCGUGAAUGCCCUGCGCCUGUUUAUGUGAGUGACAGUAUAAGUAGGCCUACCUGCAUCAGUACCUUCAGCCGCUCCGCUGACUCUGUCCUCCUCCGGGUUGUUCUGGUCCAGCUCAGAGGUCCGGGCUGCUGAAGGUUCAGGAAUAGUUGAAGCAGAACCACCGUCAGGCUUGCAGAUUAAAAUAAAACAUAAUCGGUGUGUUCAGAGUCCCUGAAGCUGUUUUCAUACGAAUCCAGGAAACUGUGAAAAAGUUUAUUUAUAAGCUUUAAUCAAUAACUCCCCAAAAGUUCAUUGAUGAUUGAUCAUCAGAGUGUGAGGGUGCAGAGGCAGAAACAAAUGAGUAAACAUCAUAGUUCUGGCUGUCAGCCGCUUUUUAAGAUUUUAAUGAUUAAUUAGCUCUUAAUGAAUAAUUAACGAUUAAUUAAUGCUUUAUUAACAUCGUCACAUCUGAUUGGACCACAGUUUUUGAUUUCUGUGCUUGGUAUCAGAGAUGAUCUUGUGGUGCUGUUGGCUCUUCUCAGGGGUCACUCUCUUUGUUUUUCCAGUUGUUGCCCUGCUGCACUGCUGCCUGUUAGCAGCGCUGGUUCAGUCGGCUCCCGUCAGCUCGCCGUCCAACCCGUCGCAGACGUUCAAAGAGGCGGUCGAGCGAGUGAUGAGGCUGGUGGAGAAAAUCCGGAAAGACGUCCGCUCCGUGCACGGCAGCAUCAUCAACAUUGACGGUUUUACCCUCGACCCCUCCAGUCAGACCGGAGAGCUGGAGAUGAAGAGGAUAAACCUGGGAAUCCCUGACCCCCCCGUCCUCAAAGAGCUGUCCGAACAGUUCACAGCGGACAUGUGUGUGAGCCGUAUGCUGGCGGGCGGCCGGCUGUACCAGGGGCUGCUGGUAGAUUUGUCUCGCAGACUGGGGGGACUGGAGGCCCUGAGUGCUGAACUGAGAGACCUGGUGACCCACAUCAACCAGAUGAAGGACGCGGCUCAGCUGAGCAGUGACUCUUUGGAUCAGAGCAGCCUGGACUUGACUUUGAAUCUCCAUGGCAACUACGAUGUCCAGGUGGCAGCCCACCUGACGCUGUGCCAGCUGCUCGAGUUCUGUCACGACCUGAUCCGCAGCCUCAGAAACAUGGCCGAAACACAGAUGGCUCGUGGGACGCGCUAAGCCCCGCCCACUGCAGGAUCAGAGCUGCUAGCAUGAUUCAGGGUAGAAACUUUAUCGAUCGUGGAGUUGUUGACACUGUUUGUCUCAUCAUCAUCACCUCCUGACGAGCGCCCGCCUCCGUGAUGCAGCGGGACUAAAGACUGAUAGAUGACACACGGGAAGUUUAUCCCUUGUCUUCAGCAGCUUCAGGAUCAGCCAACACGUUUUAUUGUGAAGGCAGCCUGUUGGAGCUCUGUUUCCUGCUUUGUGUGUUGCAGCAUGUCGAAGCGCUCUAUCGUCCCGGGAUCAGCUGGGAACACACAGCAGGAAUGUGAUGAAUGUGUGCCCGAUCAUUCUGGUGCAGAAGAAGAAGAAGGAGCCGGCUGCAGGUCCAGACCUGCUUCACGCCCGAGGUUAUUCUCACCUGCAGACGCUGGAGAAGGAAAAAACAGCGUCAUCAUCUGAACCCGAACUCCACAGCCGAUCGACUUCUGUCCCGUUUCAGUUCUAAUCAGCUUCAGUGAAACAUCUGGAGCGUUCACCACAAACUCUCAGGGCCAUUUUUUACUGUUCACUGUACAGAAAACAAUCAAAUCAAGUUUGAAACGUGUCUUAAUGAGGUCACUUCCUGCUGUUAUUACUUUAGAGUAAAAGCUCCUUCAGUUGAACCUGAUGGUACAGCUUUUAUUUUGAAGCCGCAGCAGGAAAUGGCCUGGCAACAGAAAGUCAUAAUGUUGUCACGUUCUUAUUCAUAAAUAUUUAUUAUUUUUUAUUUAA